AUGGUCGAUAAUAGGAACUUGAAAUCCAUGAGCGCAAAACUUAUUCAUAGAUUAAUGAAAACAAUUAAGGAGCUUGAUAAAAAUCAUUCUAAAGCUUAUUUAGAUAUUGGUGAAUUAGACAAAGCUCGAGAUAUUUUUGAUGAAAUUAAUGAAUUGAAAGCUCCUCUUGGGAAAAAAGUCUGCCCUUAUCGUCCUGCUUUCAACAUGAUGAUGGAGGCAUAUGGAAAACAUUUUCAAACUCAUUUAACUUAUGGAGCUAUACCAUGGUAUAAUGAAUUGAUGGAUGAGAAAUUAGUUGAUUCAGGAUUAACGAAAGAAGUUAUAGCCAUACUCCUUAAAAAUCAAAAAUUAGAUGAAGCUUUUCGAAUAUUUAAAAAAAUGAGGACAAUUAAUCUGAUUCCAAAUAUAUAUACUUAUAAUGCGUUAAUUCAUACUCUUGGUAAACAAGAGAGAAUUGAUGAAGCAUUGGAUGUGAUUCAAGAUAUGGAAUCACAACAAUUGGUCCGUGACACUGCAUCCUAUAAUGUACUAAUAAAGAUUUAUAGUCUUUCGAAAAAUUAUGAGAAAAUACAACAACUUGUUGACGAAAUGUUAAAAGCAGGUAUAACACCUGACGUGAGGACAUUUGGAGAGUUAAUGAGUGUAUAUGCAAAAUUAGCAAAGGUCAAUUCGGCACUUGCCUUACUACAUAAAAUGAUAAAUCUUGGAAUUCGACCUAAUAGUCAUAUUUAUACAUCUUUAAUUGAACUUUUUGCAAAUAUAAAUGAUACUGAAUCUAUGGAAAAAAUUUUUCAUAAUAUGAUAACAGAUGGUGUUAGACCUCAAGAAAUAACUUAUUAUAUGUUAACUGCCGGAUAUUGUAAUGCAGAUAAUGUAUAUAAAGCAUUUCGUAUUUGUCGAAUCAUGUUAGAAACGGGUAUAGAACCAACAGCUCGUAUAUAUAAUGCAUUGAUAUCGCUUUUUGCUGAACGUGGGGAUCCUUCUAGUGCAUAUCUAUUAUUCAAUGAAAUGCGUUCUUAUGGUAUGACACCAGAUGUGUACACUUACAACUCACUUAUACAUGUCAAUGUAAAAUCUGGUGAUUUACGUAAAGCAGAAGAUACAUUGAUGCAUAUGGAAUUUGCAGGAAUAAAACCACAAACCGCUACUUAUAAUAUUUUAUUACACGCAUAUGUAGAGAGGAAGGAUAUGGAACGUGCAAGGGAAAUAUAUAACGAAAUGUUAGAAUCGUCAAUACAUCCUGACAAUUAUACUUUUUGUUGCUUGAUAGAUGGGUUUCGUGCAGAAGGCGAUUUGGAAACUGCCAUUAGUCUUUUUAAACACAUGGAACAUAAUUAUAGUUUAAAUCCUGACGCCCAUAUUUAUACAGUACUUAUACAUGGUCACUUGCAAAAAGGUGAUUUUUUAAGUGCAAAGAAUCUUUAUGAGACCAUGAUAUUAAGGAACAUAAAACCUACAUAUGUUACAUUCGCAGUUCUAAUUGAUGGUCAUGCUCGAUAUGGUGAUUUAGAAUUCGCCAGAAUACUUGUAUCAAAACUGGUUUCGCAACCUUCGUUAGCAUUUGGUGAUGAACAAACACAAGGUGAAUUCUGGCAAGAAAAAGUUACAAUUCCGGCACAGGUCUUUACUCCACUUAUGGAUGCAUAUGCUAAGCAAGGAAAUGUAGAUGCUGCUCGGGCAAUAUUUGAAGAAAUGGUAAAAUUAAAUAUUCCACGUAAUGCUCAUGCAUAUACUAUUCUCAUGGAUGCUUAUCGUCGUGUUCAUAAUCAUGAAGCUGUUUGGCAAAUAUGGAGCAGCUUACGCGAAGAUACGUUGUCGGAAACUUUAUCAUUAUCAGAAUGGUUUGAAUCACAUGUGUCGAGAUCCAUACCAAUGGAUUCAUUAAGACCAUCACCAUCAGAAACGUUGGAAACUAUGAAAACACCAUCAUCGAAAUCUUCAUUUUCAACAUCAUUAUUAGCAACAUUUGACGCGUCAUAUAGUUCAACUACAAAAUCGAAACCUCCAUGUCAUGCAGUUUCCAUUAUGAUAGAUGCUCUUACUGCCGAAAAACAAUAUGAUAUUGUUCAACAAGAAUGGGAGCGACUUGUUGAAGAGCGUUUCGAUUUCGAUUCUCACAAUUGGAAUCAUUACGUUCAAAGUCUAAUAACUUCUGGAAAAAUCAAAGACGCUUGCUAUAUUAUUGACAAAUAUUUGAUGAACGGAUGGUAUCAACAGAUGGAAAUUUGGAGACGUUUUGAACGAAUUCGAUCUCCACAGGAUUUUCGGGAACAAAAAAGACUUCUGAGCCUUGUAGAAAAAUUUCCACAUCAAAAAACAUUACUCAUGUUAGCUGAAGCAUUUGAAGAGAUGAAAGAGAAAAAUUGGCUCGUUGCGAGGCAAGCACAAUCUGCAGCAAUGUUGUUACUGGAUGAAAUGGAAGGAGAAUUUCCGGAUGUAAUGUUUGCAGCAAAAGAUAUGGCAAGAUCAAUGAAAUGGCAAAGAAGAAGGGAUGAAUUCAGAAAUACAAACAAAGGAUACUGGUGA